AUGAAGAAAAUUUUGAAUGACUUAAAGUUGAUUAAGGUAUUUCUUGGAUAUUUGAUGAAAAGGUAUUCAAAAUAUUGAAGUUAGACGAAACUCUUAGAUCGCAGUUAUAUGGAUCAUUUUCAGAACAUGUCUUACAGAAGGGAUUACAAAAAAUCCCUAUAAAUAAAGUUUCUAAUUAUUAUCUUAUUUCCAUUUCAAAAAGGAUUAAAUCGUGCAGAUAUAAAAAAUUACUUUAAAACUGGUAAUUGUUUUGUAAUUACAUUUUCAACCUUAAAAGGAUAUUCUAAAAUAUCAGUUGUGCAGAUUCUGCUUUGUUGUAGCAACCAAUUUCCUUUUUUUAAUGAUUCCUUUAUAGUAAAUCAAAAUAAAAUUAUCUAUUGUAGAGUUGAUAUCUCAUGCUCGAUCAAAUAAACAGAAACAGUUUAUAAUGAAGAAUCUGAAAUAGGAAAAUCGUAAUAUAUAGUAAAUAUUUCAUCAUAAAGUACUAAAUAUCAAAAAUGACUUAGAUUGUGUAAACAGAAUAUGGAAUGAACUUUAAAAUUAAGUCACCUGAGCUAUCAAUUAUUAUUUGCUAUUCUCCAUUGUUAUUAUAAGUUCCUAUAGCACAAUUUUAAUGCACCUAAUAAAUCCUAUAUUGA